AAUUUAACUAAACAAAAUUUACUCAAAAAUUCCUGAAUUCUUCUGUUUUUUGUUUCUGGUGCAAUAUCAGUCAAUUUUUUUCAAAAAGAAUGAAUAAAUCACAAAAUAAUUCCACCACUAUCGCCGUUGCUGAUAUUGAAACAAAACCAAUUAGUCCAUCAAAACGAUUUCGUCAUUUACAAAAAGAUCAUGUUAUAUCGAAUAAACAAAAUAAACGAACUAAUUAUCGUCAUUUAUUUGGUUGUGAUACAGAUUUUCAUUCAAAUUUGAAUAAUGAAAAUAAUUGUUCAUCAUCAUCAUCAUCAUUAUCGAAUCAGAUGAAAAUUUUGGAUAAAACAUUAAUCAAAUGUAUUGGUAAAAAACAUACAAAAUGGUUAUGUCAAAAUUGUCAAUUUCAACAAAAUUUAUCAACAUAUUCUGAAUGUGCAAAUUGUGGACAACAAAAAUCUAUUAAAAAUAAAUCAAAUAAAUUUGAUAAUGAUCGAAAUUCAUCAAUACAUCAAUCAUCAUCAAGAAAUCAUCAAUUUGAUUGUUUGGAUAAACGUUCACAUGGUCAUGCUAAUGUACCGGUUAUUAAUCAUAAUAAAAAAUGGCGUAUACUAUUUCGAUUAUUAUCGGAUGAUUUAAAUUUUCCACCAUCAUCAUCAUCAACAACAACAACAACAACAACCAGUACAUUAAGUAAUUUUGCAAGUAUACUUGUAGAUAUGGCUAAAUCAACUACAGCUAAAAAUUGGAAACGAAAUUUGGAUUUAAGUUCUAGCCAUUAUUAUUAUUCGAAUCAUAAUGAUGAUGAUAAAAAUCUUAAGACUGAUCAAAAUAAUAAUAAUGAAAAACCUGAAUAUUAUUAUAGUCAAACUGAUCUAUAUACAUAUUUACAAACAACAUUAGGCUGUGAUGUUAGUGGUGGUGGUGGUGGUGGUGGUGGUAAUAAACGUUUGAUAAAAAUACGACAUACUAAUAAUAAUAAUAAUAAUAUAGAUAAAUAUCGUAAUUGGAAAUGUAAAAUAUGUCAUUAUCAAUAUAAUGUAAAAACAUCUUAUUAUUGUUAUAUUUGUCAUACGGAACAUAAUGGUUUAGAAAAACAAUCAGCAACUAAACAAUUAUUAAGACAAAUGGUUAAAAAUUCAAAAUUUUGGGCCCGGAUUAAUAUUGAAUCUUCACCAAUGACCAAUGUUGAUCAAAAUGAACAACCAUCAAUAACUUUAGAUUAUUUACAUCAUAACGAUAAUAAUAAUAUAGUUUCAAAAAGUAGUACAUUAUGUUAUAAUAUUAAUCGUAGCCAAGAAGAAGAAAAAGAUGAUUUUGAAAAUAACAAUAGUGAUUCCGAUGAAUCAAAUAAGAAUUUUGAUCACUAUAAUGAUGAUAAUCAUGAAGAUGAUAAUGAAAAUGAUUCAUCAUCAAUAUCAUCAUCCACAUCAUCAACAUCAACAAUUUCAUCAUUCAUUUCGGAAUCAACAUCAGCAAAUAAUCUAUAUGUUUGUAUGAAUAAUUUUAAAAUUCAAGAACAAAAUGAUAAUGUUGGUAAUCAACAAACAACAUGGCAAUGUAUUAAAUGUACAUUGAUCAAUAAUGAUGAACAACAAUUUUGUUCAGUAUGUGGUGGUUCAAGAUUAAAUAGUGUUGAAUCGGAAUCUAAAACGGAUAAAACGAAUGUUAUCAAUCCUUUGGCUACCUAUAAUAAAUUUGUAACAACAACUAUAAAUCAACAACAACAACAACAACAAUGGACAUGUAUCAAAUGUACAUUACGUAAUUCUAUUGAUAAUGAUUCGAUAUGUGCUGCAUGUGGUUAUCCACAAUCAUCAUCAUCAUCAUCUAUACAAAAUCCUUGUUCAUCACAAUCAUCACAAACAACACGUAGACGUGAUCUAACACGUCGUAAUCGAUCACAUUGGGAAUGUUCCGCAUGUACAUAUCUAAAUUCAUCGGAUAGAUUUUCUUGUGAAAUUUGUCAUCAAGGUAGAUGUGUUUUAACAUUAAAACCUAUAAAUCUAUCAACAUCAUCUACGACAACAAAUGAUAAAUCAUCGGAAAUUUUGGCCGAAUCGGAAAAAUCAUCAUUGCAAGAUGAAACACUUUGUCAUGGUGAAAGUGAAUUAAUGGAAACAUUAAGAAGAAUUGAAGAAAGUGAAUCACGACGAUUAUGGCAUAGUAUUGUACAAUUUUGUUUAAAUAAUCAUAUGCAAUUUGUUGAUGAUUCAUUUCCACCAUCGGAUCAAUCACUUUAUCAUCAUAUACAACCGAUAUCAUUGACAACAAAUGCAGCUAUAAAUACAUUACGAUUGAAUACUGGUCCAGUACAAUGGUUAAGACCACAUCAAAUUCAAAGUGAUAUAAGUAGUUCACAAGUUCGUUGGGCAGUAUUUCGUACACCAUUACCAUCGGAUAUUCUUCAAGGUGUUCUUGGUAAUUGUUGGUUUUUAUCAGCAUUAGCUGUAUUAGCUGAACGUUCAGAAUUAGUUGAACGUGUUAUGAUUACUAGAGAAAUUUGUACACAAGGUGUUUAUCAAGUACGAUUAUGUAAAGAUGGUCAAUGGAAAACUGUUUUAGUUGAUGAUCUAUUACCUUGUAAUCUAAAAGGACAAUUAGUUUAUUCACAAGCAAAACGUAAUCAAUUAUGGAUACCAUUAAUUGAAAAAGCAAUGGCAAAAUUACAUGGUUGUUAUGAAGCACUUGGUUCAGGUAGAUCAAUUGAAGGUCUAUCAGCAUUAACUGGUGCACCAUGUGAAAGUAUUUCAUUACAAAAUCCAAAAUCUGGAAUGGGACAACAACAAUUAUCAUAUAAUGAACAAAUUGAUUAUGAUUUUAUUUGGGCACAAUUACUUAGUUCAAGAGCUGCUGGUUUUUUAAUGGGUGCAUCAUGUGGUGGUGGUAAUAUGCAAGUAAAUGAAUCAGAUUAUCAUACAGUUGGUCUUAGACCAAGACAUGCAUAUUCAGUAUUGGAUGUUCGUAAUAUUGAUAGUUUACGUUUAGUACGUUUACGUAAUCCAUGGGGACAUUUUGCAUGGAAUGGUGAUUGGUCUGAUCAUUCAUCAUUAUGGACAAGAAAACUACGUGAACAAUUAUUACCACAUGGUGAAUCGGAAGGUGUUUUUUGGAUUGCUUAUGUUGAUCUACUUAAAUAUUUUGAUAGUAUUGAUAUAUGUAAAAUACGUAAUGAUUGGAAUGAAAUACGAUUACAAGGUGUAUUACCACCAAAUGCAUUCGAUAUUGAUAAUAUUCCUGUUGUUUUAUUAACUGUUUCUGAACCAACUGAAAUUGAAUUGAAUUUAUUUCAAGAAGGACAUCGUCAAUCACAUCUUCAACAACAACAGCAGCAGCAACAACAACAACAUCAACAACAAGAUUGGAAACGUGAAUCAUCAUCUAUACGUCGUAAUGCACCAUUAGAUUUAUGUGUUGUUUUAUUUAAACAUAAUACUGAUAAUAAUGAUAAUAAUGAUGAACAAAAACAACAAUCCAAUAAUGAUGAUAUUAAUUUAUCAACAAUAUCGAUGGGUUCAUUAGUUGCACAUAGUAAAAGACAAAUUCGUUGUUUUGUUGGUUGUCAUGCUAUACUAGAAAAAGGUAUCUAUACUGUUAUGUGUUUGGCAUUUAAUCAUUGGAAUACAAAAAUUGUAUCAUUUAGUCAUUAUCCAAAAUUUUUAUUAGCAAUACAUAGUUCAAAACGUCUUUCAGUUGAAACAAUUACUGGACCACCAUUUGUAUUGGCCGAUACAAUUAUUCGUUUAACAAUGGAACGUGGACAACGUCAUGAGGGUCGUGAAGGUAUGACUGCAUAUUAUCUAACAAAAGGUUGGGCAGGUUUAGUUGUUGUUGUUGAAAAUCGUUUUGGUGAUCGUUGCGUACAGGUUAUUUGUGAUUGUACCGAUAGUGUUAAUGUUGUUUCAACACGUUCAACAUUACGUACAAUUGAUUCAAUACCACCACAACAUCGGCAAGUGGUUAUUGUUCUAACACAAUUGGAUGGAAGUGGUGGAUUUUCAAUUGCACAUCGUCUUACACAUCGUUUAUCAUAUUCAAGCGGAUUACAUGAUUGGGGACCAUUCGGUACAAAUCAUGUACCAUCGAUUGAUCGUUUUAUGUAUGGAUUACAUGCACCACGUCCUAUAAAUAUUUUAAUCAUGGAAUUUCCAGAUCUUGGUAAACAUUGUGCACUUAAAGAUUGUAAUCGUCUUGAUUUUCUACCAAUAAAAUGUUCAGCAUGUUCAAAAAUUUAUUGUUCCGAACAUUAUAUGUAUCAAACACAUAAUUGUGAAUCAAAUCCAUUUGAACAAGAUCAUCAGGUACCAAUUUGUCCAAUAUGUGAUCGUCCAGUAUCAUUAAAAUUUGGUGAAUCAUUAGAUGAAAAAGUUAGUGAACAUAUUGAUCGUAAUUGUGAUGGUGGUCAAACAAAUAAGAAAAAAACUGUAUAUAAAAAUCGUUGUUCAGUUGAUGGCUGUAGACAAAAAGAAUUGAUUAAACUUGAAUGUAAUCAAUGUGGUUUAAAUCAUUGUUUACGGCAUCGUCAUCCAACCGAUCAUAAUUGUAAUGGACGUAAUAAUAAUAACAAAACAAGAUCAAUUCAUCCAUUAGUGGCUAAAUAUGAUAAUCAAAAUAAUUCAACAACAACAAUCAAAUCACCAAUCAAUAUUCCACAAUCAUUGAAUUCAUUUACACAGAAAAGUCUUUCGACUAUUGAUCAGAUUCGGACAAAUGUUGUACGAACAUUUCAACGAAAUCCAAUCACUACGAAUAAUUCCAAUACUGUUCCAGCAUCUGUAACAAUCAAUUCGAAUAUUAAUCAUUUACAGGGUGAUCUUACGGAAGAAGAAGCAUUAAAUAUUGCAAUUGCUGAAUCACUUUCAACUAAUACAACUACAACUCAACAACAACAACAACAGCAAUCAACAAACAAUCGUAGUCAGGAAAAUUGUAAAAUUUUUUAAAAUAUUUUGGAUUGUUUUUAU